AUGGCGGCGCAGUGCUGCUGCCGCAAGGCGCCCGGCGCCGAGGCCGCGCCCGCCCGCCCGCCGCCCGAGCCGCCGCCCGCCCUGGACGUGGCCUCGGCCUCUAGCGCGCAGCUCUUCCGCCUCCGCCACCUGCAGCUGGGCCUGGAGCUGCGGCCCGAGGCGCGCGAGCUGGCCGGCUGCCUGGUGCUGGAGCUGUGCGCGCUGCGGCCCGCGCCCCGCGCGCUCGUGCUCGACGCGCACCCGGCCCUGCGCCUGCACUCGGCCUCCUUCCGCCGCGCCCCCGCCGCCGCCGCGGCGCCCUGCGCCUUCGCCUUUCCCGCGCCGGGGUCGGGGCCCCCGCUGCCCGCCUUUGCCGACGCGCCUGGCACCGAACCCGUGGACUGUCCGCUGGCCUUCAGGUUGGACCCGUUCACCGACUACGGCUCCUCGCUCACCGUCACGCUGCCGGCGGAGCUGCAGGCACACCAGCCCUUCCAGGUCAUCCUGCGCUACACCUCCACUGACGCUCCCGCUAUCUGGUGGCUGGACCCGGAGCUGACCUACGGCAAUGCCAAGCCUUUCGUCUUUACCCAGGGCCACUCUGUGUGCAAUCGCUCCUUCUUCCCGUGCUUUGAUACGCCUGCAGUCAAGUGCACCUACUCAGCUGUCGUCAAGGCCCCACUGGGGGUGCAGGUGCUGAUGAGUGCAACUCGGAGCACAUACAUGGAGGAGGAAGGUGUCUACCACUUCCAUAUGGAGCACCCCGUGCCCGCCUACCUCGUGGCCCUUGUGGCCGGAGACCUCAAGCCAGCAGACAUUGGGCCCAGGAGCCGCGUGUGGGCUGAGCCAUGCCUCCUGCCCACGGCUACCAGCAAACUGUCAGGUGCUGUGGAACAGUGGCUGAGUGCAGCCGAGCGUCUGUAUGGACCAUACAUGUGGGGCAGAUAUGACAUCGUCUUCCUGCCACCCUCCUUCCCCAUUGUGGCCAUGGAGAAUCCCUGCCUCACCUUCAUCAUCUCCUCCAUCCUUGAGAGUGACGAAUUUCUGGUCAUUGAUGUCAUCCAUGAGGUGGCCCACAGCUGGUUCGGCAAUGCUGUUACCAAUGCCACGUGGGAGGAGAUGUGGCUGAGUGAGGGCCUGGCCACCUAUGCCCAGCGCCGCAUCACCACGGAGACCUACGGGGCCGCCUUCACCUGCCUGGAGACAGCCUUCCGCCUAGAUGCCCUGCACAGGCAGAUGCGGCUACUUGGGGAGGACAGCCCAGUCAGCAAGCUGCAAGUUAAGCUGGAGCCAGGUGUGAACCCCAGCCACCUGAUGAACCUGUUCACCUAUGAGAAGGGCUACUGUUUCGUGGACUACCUGUCCCGGCUGUGUGGGGACCCCCGGCGCUUCGACGGCUUUCUCCGAGCCUAUGUGGAGAAAUACAAGUUCACCAGUGUGGUUGCGCAAGACCUACUGGACUCCUUCCUGAGCUUCUUCCCAGAGCUGAAGGAGCAGAGUGUGGACUGUCGGGCAGGGCUGGAGUUUGAGCGCUGGCUCAAUGCCACGGGCCCACCGCUGGCCGAGCCAGACCUCUCUCAGGGGUCUAGCCUAACCCGGCCCGUGGAGGCCCUCUUCCAGCUGUGGACUGCAGAGCCCCUGGACCAAGCAGCAGCCUCAGCUAGUGCCAUUGACAUCUCCAAAUGGAGGACCUUCCAGACGGCCCUCUUCCUCGACCGGUUACUGGAUGGGUCCCCACUCCCCCAGGAGGUGGUGACGAGUCUGUCCCAGUGCUACUCAUCCCUGCUGGACUCCAUGAACGCAGAGAUCCGCAUCCGCUGGCUACAGAUCGUGGUCCGAAAUGACUACUAUCCCGACCUCCACAGGGUCCGGCGCUUCCUGGAGAGCCAGAUGUCACGCAUGUACACCAUCCCACUGUAUGAGGACCUCUGCACCGGAGCCCUCAAGUCCUUCGCACUAGAGGUCUUCUACCAGACGCAGGGCCGGCUACACCCCAAUCUGCGCAGAACCAUCCAGCAGAUCCUGUCCCAGGGCCUGGGCCCCAGCGCUGAGCCCAGUGCAGAGCCCAGCACAGAGCUGGGCAGUGCUGACACAGACACAGACCCAGACUCGCCAGCCCUGCUGCUUGGGGAUGAGGCCCCCAGCAGUGCCAUCUCUCUCAGGGACGUCAAUGUGUCCGCCUAGCCCUGAUGGCGGCUGACCUUCGACCUCCCAGACAUCACGAUUGUGCCUUCUGUGGUCCGGGCUGCCAUGACUGUGCCUUGGCUCCGGCCACGAGCUCUGCCCAGGCCCAUGAGCCCCUUCUGUGGGCUGUCCCAGGCCAGGGCCAUGGGGAGGACCUUGUGUCCAUGGAGGCCAUGGACCAGGGCCCACCUUGUCCUAGCUCUCUUGCACUGCAGGCCCUGGGGCUUUCCCACACCCACCAUGCCUCCUGUCUCAACACUGACAGCCAUGUCUCACCUGGGACGCCAGCACCUGCUGAACACUGCUCUGGGGACAGUGACCCCAGCAGUUCCACAGCAACCACCACACUGUGCCUUACGUCUGCCGGAGGCCCAGGUUGCCCUGUCCCUGAAGUGUGCCUCCCUGCAAAGCCCUGUACCUGGACCCUAGGGUUGGCAGCCUUGUUUGGCCCCUGACAGAGGACAAGGACACAGAUCUUACUGCAGUGUGGGGGCAGGAGACAGGAGAAGGUGGGCCUUCUUGGGCAGGCCUCAGCCCCUCUGCACUUGGAGUCCAGGCCCAAGAGGCGCCUUAGCAGGAUGGUCUGUCCUUACAGCUGCCUUGGUAUCACUGGUGCUGUUUGGGCCCACCUGCUGGGAGAGGCACCAGGCCAGGGGCUCCAGCCUGGGGCCACUGCAGCGGGUACCAUGGUGACUGUCCCAUUAAACCUCUACUCUGCAGACUUGA